AUGCCAUACUCAGUCCCUAGUAUCGCUCGCCCUUUCACCCUUUCCAUCCCAGACGACGACUAUUCUCAGUUCCGGGCCGUCUUGCAGGUUACCCGUUCGGGACCUGAGACUUGGGAAAACCAACACAAGGAUGGACGCUAUGGCAUCCCACACCAAUGGCUUACCUCGACUAGGCGCUACUGGUUAACCGACUUCAACUGUCGUGCCCAAGAAGACCGCAUUAACGCACUCCCCAACUUCAAGAUUCUGGUCCCCGACGAGACCGACAAGGAGAAUAUCGACCUCCAUUUUGUUGGCCUAUUUUCGGAAAGAGAGGAUGCUUACCCCAUUGUGCUGAUUCACGGGUGGCCAGGCAGCUUCCUUGAAUUCAUGCCCGUCCUGGAGAUUGUUCAGCAGAAGUAUAGCCCGUCUGAGCUGCCUUACCAUUUCAUCGUUCCGUCUCUCCCAGGAUACUUGUUCAGCUCCGGACCGGGCCAGGCGCAGGCCUAUACCAGUCAAGAUGCCGCACGCGUGAUCAACAAGGCGAUGAUCGCGCUCGGGUUCAGUCGGUAUGCCGUGCAGGGAGGAGAUGUCGGAUCACUGAUAGCUUCAAUACUUGCAACAAACUACGACUCAGUCGCAGCCAUUCACCUCAAUCUGCUGCCGAGUCUCGAAAUGCCGAGCGUCGAUGACCCUUCCCUAUCAUCCAAAGACAAGGAGGCUAUCGAGUACGUGGGACGUCGGUUCUUAACGCCAACCACAGGAGCCGCCUUGCUCCAAAGUACGAGGCCGGCUACAAUCGGGGCUAUGGUUUCUUCCAGCCCCCUUGCCCUUUUGGCAUGGAUGGGUGAAAAGUUUUUAGAAUGGCCCGAUGAUCCGAUUGGCAUUGACGAGCUUUUGACUAAUGUGACGCUUUAUUGGCUCACGGACACCAUGCCACGGUGCAUAUAUACGUACCGCGGG